UUCUCUGGGCGCGCACGUGGAUAGACCACUAGUUUGGAUGCAGUCGCCUGCGCUCGUAGUUCGGCUUUAUUUUUGUAAUUUUAAAAUCCAGGUCCCGAUGCUGUCAGCAGCUGCACGCCCCACUGUAUUUUCCCCCAAACUCACGCGCGGAUAUAGAAAGAUUUUGCAGCCUGAAUUUAAGGACCCGCUUAGGAUGAGCUGCGCGUAACGCGUCAGGUUUUGAUAUUAACCCCUUCCUGUGUCUCCCCUGUCCCGCGCUCUGCAAGUCGAGUCAUUGGACAGAAGUAUGGUAGAUAAAGGCCCCCUGCUGACUUCUGCGAUCAUAUUUUACCUCUCCAUCGGGGCAGCGAUAUUUCAAGUCCUGGAAGAGCCCAACUGGAAGCAGGCUGCAAGGCAGUACAGAGAGAGGAAGGACAAAAUACUUGAAGACUAUCCCUGCCUGUCCAAAGAUGAUCUGGACAGGAUAUUAGAGGUGGUUUCUGAUGCUGCUGGCCAAGGAGUCACCAUAACAGGCAGUAAGACGUUCAACAACUGGAAUUGGCCAAAUGCUGUCAUAUUUGCCGCCACAGUCAUCACCACCAUUGGAUAUGGGAAUAUCGCCCCAAAAACCUCAUCCGGCCGAGUAUUUUGCAUCUUUUACGGGCUGUUCGGAGUACCGUUAUGUCUCACCUGGAUCAGUGAGCUGGGGAAGUUCUUUGGUGGCAGAGCCAAACACCUGGGCCAGUAUUUAACCAAAAAAGGAUUUUCAUUGAGAAAAGCUCAGUUUACCUGCACGGCUAUUUUUCUCCUCUGGGGCGUGCUGGUCCAUUUAGUCCUUCCACCUUUUGUGUUUAUGUCCCAGGAGGGUUGGUCAUACAUCGAAGGCUUAUAUUUCUCAUUCGUCACCUUGACUACAAUUGGUUUUGGUGACUUGGUAGCAGGUGUGGAACCAAAUAAAGAGUAUCCAACUCUGUAUCGUUACUUUGUGGAAGUGUGGAUCUAUUUGGGGCUGGCGUGGCUUUCUUUGUUCUUCAACUGGAAAGUGCGGAUGGUCAUCGAAGCCCACAAGGCAUUAAAGAAGCGACGCAAGCUGCGCAAACUUUCUCUGGAGGAGCUGAGACACUACAAGGAGUCUCACAAGGCGUCCCUUCGCCUGCCGCCCACCCCCAAUGAUGUCAACAUUUUCAGCUUCUUAUCCAAGAAGCAGGAGGGCUACAACGACUUGAUCAAGCAGAUUGGCAACAAGAAAGAUGGCCGAGCCAGCCACGGCACCAGCAACACCAAAAAUCCUAAAGAGAUCAGCCGCUCUAAGAGCUGUAACGAUGCUCCCAUGUUUAAUGGGCACACCAUCCUCAGCCUGGACCGCUCCCCACGCCAGAAGAGACGCUACAGCUUUAGUGACCGGGUCACCGUUGCUUUUUCCAAGUCCAAGAACUACCUGCUGGGUUCAGACAACGGUUUACUGCUAACUGAGGACCACGUGGAGGGCGACACAGAACUGGACCAGGACCAAAUGUUUGAGAAUCAACUUGACAAGGACAUCGACCUUGAGAACGCGGGAGUGGGAACUUGCAGUGCGGGCAGUCGGAGGACUUGGGACUCUAAGGACUACCAUCCUCUUACAUUCAAAAAUGCAAACAUCACUUUUAUAGACGAGGAAAAUUUCCUCAGUAACAACUUUGAGGAGCUGGAGGAUGACGACGACGAUGACUCGAAAGCAAAACUCUCCAUUACUACGUGUGAUGAAAACAUUGAAGCAAACUCCAAGGAGGAGGAUCGAAGUUUGGAAUCUGAAGAGUCUGUUUUCACUAGUGACGGUUCAGAGCACAACCACUCCUAUGAAAAGCUCGUAGAGGAAUAUUCAAAGGAAGAAAACACAGAAUCUUGAGCCGUUAGUCGAUCAGGGUAAAAGCCGGCACAUCUCUGCUCUGGUGCCGACUUGUUUGGCAUCGAAGUGUCGGUAUUUUAAUGUGAACCAUUUAAGGAUAUCCAAAGUCUCAUGGCUCUUUGAGAGUCCAUAAAGCUAAGAUCAAAUUUCUUUAAGAGUUUGAGCAUCUUGCUGAACCUCCAACCGAAACCUUGCUGCACAUGGACUACAGAGCACAACAUUUAGCAUCUGCUCUAUUUAUGUUUCUUUCUCUUUUUUAUACGGUUUGAAAAACUAAAGGCCAAAUAUUUUAUUGUUCUACACAUAGGUUGAAAUUCUAUGCGGAAAGUUGUUCUAUUUUUCUCAUAGUUUCAGUUUCUAUUCACCAUAUUGGUGUUUUUUAAAAGAUAUUUAUUCAAAAUGAUGGAUGUGGUUGCUUUUGUUCAAUUGCUACAUGGGUUAAUGUUUCCCGUUGCACAACUCAAUCAAAUGAGGACAUAUCAAAGUCCACUCCGGUGCAGAAUGUCCUUUUAUAACCUGAGCCGAACAUUUGUCUUAAAGAAAAAAAUGAAGGGGCUAAGGACCAAAAGACUCCUGAUGUUUCCUUUGGUGUUUAAUUUGUUUUGUGAAAUCUGUUGUGUGUGAGAUUGCUGUUCAAAUAAUAAGAAACAGAACUGUGACAGAAGAGAUAACCGGUAACAUCCUCGAACUAAACAAGUUAAAAUAUUUAUUAGACACAACUAGCUGAUUUUAAGUGGUUGGUUUGUUUUUUUUACACACCUUUGCAUCUUUUCCAACCUCUGGAAACGCCACUCUGUAUACACUCAGACUCAUUUGAACCAUUUAUUUUUCUUCCGGCUGCAAACUCAGCACUUAUUUUGGCACAUCACAGAGAGGGAGUCGUCAUGGCAACAUUCUCACUUUCUGACUCUUUUACACUAUAUCACUUGAUAGUAUUUUCCAUGUGUAAAUAUUGGCUGAGAUCCACCAGUAGCCACAAACACAGCUCAGGACAUGGCCUUGCUACCUGUGUUUGCCUUUUGGGGGCUUGACUGAAGUGUCACUUGUUACACGAAGCCAAGUUUAACAGAUCAAUGCUUUCUUGACGUAUGCACUCAGUCCUGAGGCCAACUUUUCUCCCACCUGUUGCCUUCCAGCUGUAGCUUCCACAGAUGAAGUGCUAACCCACUGCCUUUUGCACACAUAAACUUGCACACAAAUUUGAAAUGAUGUUUGCUUCAGGUGUUUAAAUAGCCAUGAAGCAGUGUCAUAAAGGGCUCAUUACAGAUGAACAAGACUUUGCUUUUUCCAAACUCACAAAAUGCACAUUCUGACUCAUAAGUCUGCCUUUAAAAAUGACUGUAAAGUGAAAAGCAUGAAAUCCACUGCAGAGCAGAAGAUACGCUAAAUAUCUGUUGAAUGUAAUCUGCAUUGACUCACUGAAAACUUUUCACAUGGUGGUUUUUCUUUCCCUGGCUCUUGCUUUUCAUUACAGGGUCACCACUUUUAUAUCUGUGAACAACUGUCUUUAAUUUCUCUCGUUCUUUUGGAUGUUAUAUGUUUUUUAUGCAGCCAAGGUACUUCGUGUAGAUCAAAUUUCAAGCAUGCGUCAGGAUUACGGCCGGAGAAUGGGUUAAACAGGUUGUCCCAAGUUUUCCUCGCGAUGUUGCUCCAUUUUGUGAAAACUCCAGUUUUACUUGCCUUUUUUAUUAAAUUAUUCAUGUUUGUAAGUUUGUACGUGCAUUUUCAACAAAACUGUAUAUUUUCUGUUUAAAUAAACA